ACAUUUGUAAAUUAGAAUUUGUCAGUGGUUGUGUCGUCGCUUUUGUUAAUAAUUCUUGCCACGAAAACUGUGCUUUUAUUCCAAAAGAGUUUGUUUAAGUUUAAUUUAAUCAACAAAUCGUAGAUUUAGUGAAUACGAGGCAUAAAGCAAACUUUGCUUACAGUGGAGUAUGACCUUGGACACACAAAAUGCUAGCAAGGCGAGGGCUAUGCCAGCAUGGGAAAAACAGGAACAUCUUAUUAAGCUAGUCAUAUUGAUUACUGCAGCAAUUUUAUCGUUCGCCACGCGCUUGUUUUCUGUGCUGCGAUUUGAGAGUGUUAUCCAUGAGUUCGAUCCAUAUUUUAACUAUAGGACUACAAAGUUCCUUGCCGAACAAGGCUUUUAUAAAUUUCAUAAUUGGUUCGAUGAUCGCGCUUGGUAUCCAUUGGGACGUAUUAUUGGAGGUACCAUUUACCCCGGGUUAAUGAUUACAUCUGCAACAUUGUACCGUUUAAUGUCGAUUUUAAAUAUAACUGUGGAUAUACGUAAUAUUUGUGUAUUCUUGGCACCAUUUUUCUCGUCGUUAACUACAUUAAUAACCUAUGCCUUGACGAAGGAAAUCUAUACAACUGGAUCAGGUUUGGUUGCAGCUGGUCUUAUAUCAAUCGUUCCUGGAUACAUAUCAAGAUCUGUAGCGGGUUCCUAUGACAAUGAAGGUAUAGCAAUCUUUUGUAUGCUAUUGACGUAUUAUCUGUGGAUCAAGGCUGUAAAAAGUGGUACAAUUUUUUGGUCCGCAAUGUCUGCAUUGGCCUAUUUCUACAUGGUAUCAUCAUGGGGUGGCUAUGUGUUUUUAAUUAAUUUAAUACCAUUACACGUGCUUACUCUGAUAAUUACAAGCCGUUUCUCACAUCGUAUAUACGUAGCAUACAGCACUCUUUAUUGUGUUGGUACAAUUUUAUCAAUGCAAAUACCGUUUGUAGGAUUUCAACCAAUUCAAAGUUCCGAACAUAUGCUGGCACUAGGAGUUUUUGGACUUUGUCAGAUAAAUGCUUUUGUAGACUUUUUACGCUCAAGGAUGUCUAAAGAAAAUUUCGCAAUAGUUUUUAAAACUUUAGUUUCCGCUACAGUAACGACAAUUCUCGUACUUAUGGUUGCACUAAUGAUAUCAGGCAAAGUUUCGCCUUGGACUGGACGUUUUUAUUCUUUGCUUGAUCCAUCCUAUGCAAAGAAUCAUAUACCAAUCAUAGCUUCAGUAUCUGAACAUCAGCCUACGUCAUGGUCUUCAUUUUAUUUCGAUUUACAGAUUCUGGUGUUUCUUUUCCCUGCUGGGCUUUACUUUUGUUUUGCGAAAUUAACAGAUUCUAAUAUAUUUAUUAUAUUGUAUGGUGUCACAAGCAUAUAUUUUGCGGGAGUUAUGGUUCGUUUAAUGCUUGUGUUGGCGCCAGUCAUGUGUAUACUAUCUGGAAUUGCUGUAUCUCAUUUACUUGCAAAAUACAUAAAAUGUGUGGAUACGGUACCGAUGAAGCCUAUGGAUAGUAAACGUCAGUAUAAAAAACUUGAGCAACAAACUGGUGUAAAGAGUGAAGUGGCCAUCGGAUUUGUCUCUGUUGUUACAAUAAUGUUAAUAGUAUAUACUUUCCACUGUACUUGGGUUACUUCAGAAGCUUACUCAUCACCCAGUAUUGUUUUAAGUGCACGGUCACAUGAAGGAGGUCGUAUUAUAUUUGAUGAUUUUCGAGAAGCUUACUACUGGCUACAAAUGAACACACCUGAGGAUGCACGUAUUAUGGCUUGGUGGGAUUAUGGUUAUCAAAUAACUGCUAUGGCUAAUCGAACUAUUAUAGUAGAUAAUAAUACUUGGAAUAAUACACACAUAUCACGCGUAGGACAAGCUAUGGCAUCUACUGAGGAUAAAGCCUAUGAAAUAAUGCAAGAAUUAGAUGUUGAUUAUGUGCUUGUCAUAUUUGGAGGGCUUACUGGUUAUUCAUCAGAUGAUAUCAAUAAAUUUUUAUGGAUGGUACGAAUUGGUGGUAGUACCGAUGGCGGAGCAAAUAUUAGGGAAAAAGACUAUUAUGCUGGCACUGGUGAAUUUCGUAUAGACAAAGAUGGUUCAUCGACUUUUCUUAAUUGUCUUAUGUACAAGAUGUGCUACUAUCGUUUUGGUCAAAUAUUUUCUGAAGGAGGAAAACCAUCUGGCUAUGAUCGUGUACGUGCGGCUGAAAUUGGCAAUAAAGAUUUUGAAUUAGAUGUUUUGGAAGAAGCUUACACAACUGAACAUUGGUUAGUGCGCAUUUAUAAAGUUAAGGAUUUACGAAAUCGUGGUCUGUAGGAUUAAAUUUAUAUGCGAAUAUUCCAGAGGAUUGAUUAGCGAUAAAUAAACAAAAUAGUAUUUUCUAACAGAGCUUAAUUUAAAUUAAAAAAUUGUAGAUUUUUUAAUACUAUAAUUUUAUUGAAUCUCUACCAUCUCCUACGUAGAUUUCGAAAUAAUUUCGAAUUAUAUUUACACGUUGUUUAUAAUUACUCACAUACAAUUGUAUAGCUUUAGAUAUUAUUUGGUAAUUUUUAAUCCUUAAGGCACUUUUACUCGAAUGCAGUUAUUAU